CACACACACCAUAUACACAACCAAUCCAACAACAACAACAAACACACACAAAGCCAAUGAAAAAUGUCACAAAGAGGUAAACGCGGUACUCAGCCAACGCCAACGCAUCAUCCGCCCCAGGCGCCAUCGCUGCAUAUAUCGCAGCAGCAGGUGCCAUUGCCACCGCCACCACCGCCUCAAGAGCAAAAGCGUAAGGAUGUUGAGCCACAACCACCGCCCACAAAGCGACGUAAAGGACGACCGCCCAAUGGGGCAACAACAAAUACAACCGCAACCGCAUCAGCAACAACAACAACGACGACAACACAUGCAGCAGCAGCAGCAACAACAAGCAACAAAGAGCCAACAAGUGUUAGCCACGAUAAUCAAGAUCAGACGUCAGAUGCUGCUGCAAAUCAUCCUCCCAGCAAAAGUAAAUCCACAAAAUUGGCAAAAUCCUCAAGCAAAACUAAAUCACAAGGAGCUGGAGGUGGAGCAGGGGGAGCAGGCAGCGGUGGAACUGGAUCGGCAACAGCUAAAGGAGCCACCACUAGCUCGAGCACUACAAGCUCAUGGCAAGCACGUUCUGUGGCCGAUAUUAAAAUGUCGAGCAUAUAUAAUCGUAGUUCGACUGAAGCUCCAGCUGAACUGUAUCGCAAGGAUCUCAUUAGCGCUAUGAAAUUGCCCGAUUCAGAGCCAUUGGCCCAUUAUGAGUAUUUAAUUGUUACGGAUCAAUGGAAACAGGAAUGGGAGAAGGGUGUACAGGUUCCAGUCAAUCCAGAUUCUUUGCCCGAACCCUGCGUUUAUGUGCUGCCUGAACCAAUUGUAUCGCCAGCGCAUGACUUUAAGCUUCCAAAAAAUCGCUUCCUGCGCAUUACCAAAGACGAGCACUAUUCGCCGGAUCUGCAUUGUCUGACGAAUGUGGCUGCCUUGGCGGAGAACACAUGUGCCUAUGAUAUUGAUCCCAUUGAUGAGGCCUGGUUGCGUCUAUAUAAUGCCGAUCGUGCCCAAUGUGGAGCAUUUCCCAUUAAUGAGACGCAAUUUGAAAGGGUUAUAGAGGAAUUGGAGGUACGUUGCUGGGAGCAAAUUCAGGUCAUACUUAAACAGGAAGAGGGUCUGGGCAUUGAAUUUGAUGAGAAUGUCAUAUGCGAUGUUUGCCGUUCACCCGAUUCCGAGGAGGCCAAUGAAAUGGUAUUCUGUGAUAAUUGCAAUAUCUGUGUGCAUCAGGCUUGUUACGGCAUUACAGCAAUUCCAUCAGGCCAAUGGCUAUGUCGCACUUGUUCGAUGGGCAUUAAACCGGAUUGCGUUUUAUGCCCCAACAAGGGUGGCGCCAUGAAAUCCAACAAAUCUGGCAAACAUUGGGCCCAUGUCUCAUGUGCAUUAUGGAUACCCGAAGUUAGCAUCGGUUGUGUGGAUCGCAUGGAGCCGAUAACAAAAAUCUCAAGCAUUCCGCAAUCACGUUGGUCUCUCAUCUGUGUCCUUUGCCGCAAACGUGUUGGCAGUUGUAUACAAUGCUCGGUUAAGCCAUGCAAGACAGCAUACCAUGUAACCUGUGCAUUCCAGCAUGGCCUGGAAAUGCGAGCCAUUAUCGAGGAGGGCAAUGCCGAGGAUGGUGUUAAAUUGCGUUCCUAUUGCCAAAAGCAUAGCAUGAGCAAAGGCAAAAAGGAGGGCAGUGGCGGUAGUGCGGGUGCGGGUGCGGGAGCUGGUGCUGGUGCUGGUGCAGGAGUCGGAACUAGUGGUGUUGGUGCUGGCAGUUCAUCAACCACAAGUAGAGCAAAUAAAUAUGGCACUGGAGUGGGAGCAAAAUUAGGCUUGGGUCAUCAUGGACAGGAUGAUGGCAGCAGUCAUGGAUUGGCUGGCAUUGGCGGCUUAAGUGGCGAAGAGCAACGAAGACGUAAAGCACAUCGUAAAAAUGAUUCCAUGACCUCCGAGGAAAGGAAUCAGGCUCGUGCCCAAAGGUUACAGGAGGUCGAAGCCGAAUUCGAUAAACAUGUCAACGUCAAUGACAUCAGUUGCCAUUUAUUCGAUGUUGACGAUGAUGCCAUUAUAGCCAUCUAUAAUUAUUGGAAACUGAAACGUAAAUCCCGCCAUAAUCGUGAGCUAAUACCACCCAAAUCCGAGGAUGUGGAAAUGUUGGCACGCAAACAAGAGCAACAGGAUUUGGAGAAUCAUAAAUUGGUUGUUCAUUUGCGGCAGGAUUUGGAACGUGUACGAAAUCUAUGCUAUAUGGUUAGCAGAAGAGAGAAACUAUCACGUUCAUUGUUUAAGCUGCGAGAGCAGGUCUUCUAUAAGCAGCUUGGUGUACUCGAUGAGCAGCGUAUUGUAUCUGCUGCGGCGGCGACAUCAUCAUCGGCAAAAUCGGAUAAAUCCUCUGCCGGUGCCGCUGAUAAACUAGAAAAGUCAGAGACUAACAAACCGCCAUUGGAUUUAGAGGCUGUUAUCUAUGCCAAUGAUGGUCCCACAUUAUAUGAUCCCUUCUACAGCUCAUCGGCUCUGAGUGGAGCGGAGGGACGACCAACUGUGCCGGCACAGUAUCGCAAUUUGGAAUAUAUACUCGAGCAGCUUAUGGGUAAAAUGGUGAAGCAGAGUUCUACUGGUAGCGGCAAUAAACCGGGCAGACCGGCAGGUCGACGGGGAUCUGCCUCACAAUCGCCCACCAAGCGUAAGCAGCAGCAACAGGCAGCAGCAGCAGCUGGCAAAGGUGGAUCAGCUGCCACUUCUCCAACUAAGAAACUCAAUAAUGGUGCAAUAAAUUCCUCCUCACGUACAUCUUCACCUGAGAAGCCAGUUAGCCAUCACGUGAAGGCUACCGCCGGCGCUUCAUCAUCAUCAAUCACCUCAGCCAUUAAAACGCCUUCUAGUAAGCAAAAUAAUUCCGGGAGGCGUGCCUCAAAGAGCGGUACGGCAACGGCGGCGACGUCGUCCCAACAACAACAACAGCAGCAACAACAACAGGCGAAUAAAAUUCAGCCACAUCAACAACAACAACAGCAGCAGCAGCCGCCACAACGGACAACUGGUGGUCGCCAUAGCAGUGCGUCCUCCCAUACGUCAAGCGGCAGUUCAUCAUCGGGUGAUUCCAGCUCGCCGCAUGGCUCUAGCUCAUCCUCAAAUAGCGCUUCCUCAAACAGUGAUUCAGGCAGUGAAAGUCCCGGCGGUAGUUCCUCAUGCAGCAGAAGAAGAAGAAAAGCAACAACAAAUACAAUGGAAGCCACCUCAACCGCCGGUGGAGGAGGAGGAGGAGGAGGAGCUGUUGGUAAACAAAGUUAUAGUCGAACCAUGGAGCAACGGCAAAAGCAACGUCAACAACGCCAGCAACGUCAACGGCAAUUGCAAAAUGAGGCGUCUAAGAGUACAACUAAAACGGCUCCAGUUACCACCAAUCCAAACAGUAGCAGUAGUAGCGCCGCUAGCAGCAGUUCCAGCGAUGAUGAGGACGAAGAUGAUGAGCCUGAGAGAAGGAAAAAGAAAGAUGAGAAGCAUCAGCAAAGGGGAACAACAGCAACAACAACAACAACAAAACGCCAACAACAGCAACACAAAUCAGUACCUAACAAAAGCCAGCCAACUAAGUCAAAAUCAGGAGGAGGUGGGGGAGGAGCAACUGCAUCGUCGUCAACGGGAAGAAGAAAAUUAUCCUCUUCGACAGCGGCGACAGCGACAGGAACAACAACAACAGCGACAACAGCAACAACAACGCCGGCGAGGGGAUUAGCACAAAUGGACAAAGAUGCUGCUGGUGCCAGUCUCUCUAGUGAUGAAAGCGAAGAGUUAAUGCCCCUAAAGACAACGGAAAGAACCGCUGCCAGUGGCAAUAACUUGUCCGCGCAUCAUCGUUCCACAACAAAUGCCAUCAAUUCGGCAGGCGGAAUGGGAAUCAAUACGGCAACAACAACAGCAACGACAGCAGCAAGUCGGAAAUUGGGCCAACAAAUCUAUUCCGAUUCGGAUAGCAGUAGCAGUAGUGGCGGCAAUUCCAGUUCCAGUUCAAGUCGCACCACAUCCUCCAGUCAAGGACGCAACGAAAGGAUAACAAUGGAGAGUAAUAUAAGUGAUUCACAGAAUCAACAAACGAUACGAACUAAGGCGGCUAUGAAAGAAUUUGUGCCGGGAACAACACCAAAUGCACCAACAUUACUAGCACCACCACCGCCACCACUACCACUACCACCACCACCCGCUCCAGCACCUGUCCCUGCGUCUGCAUCAUCGACGACAACCGGCCAAGCAUCUAGAAAAUCCUCGAAAGAAUUGACAGCGAAAACGAAAACGAAUACAAAUGCCAAACAACAACUGCCGUUUCCAGCCGAUUUACUUGUGGUUCCUCAACGACAGGCAGCCAAAAAAGCCUCCGAGAAUAUGCGUUCCACGAAUCUCGCCAGCAAUGCACUUAAUCAACCCGAUCCAAAUGAAAGAUUACGCGAACCCGAUAGUCCUGCCACCGGAAUGGGUAGUAAAAGUAAACUCAAAUCGGAUGGUUCUACUGGCGGUGAGAGAGGUAGGCCACCCAAGGAUCACCAUCAACAUCAGCAGCAGCAGCAGCAGCAGCAACAACAACAACAGCAGCAACAGAAAUCCACACCAGCGGGCACAACAACAGCCGAGCGAGGUAAACGUGGACGGCCGCCAAAGGUGCCAAGAGAACCACCGCCGCCAACGACAACUACGGCGACGGCGACGACGGAUAAAGAGAAAUCAACUACACCUGCAUCUCUGGCAUCAACUGCGGAUGUCAAAUCGUCAUCAUCAUCAUCGUUGUCUGCGGCUGCACCCAAGUCGAAUUUCGCUGUGUCCUAUGUACCCCAAAGACAGGCAGCCAAAAAGGCAGCCGAGCAAUUAAAGAGCAGUAAACCCAUCCAAGAGACAUCUCUACUCUCUGCCGAAAAGGAGCAGACAACAGCUGAUAAAGAAAGAGAUCAGGUAACUAACACCUCACCACUUAAACCAUCGAGAAGAACUUCAUCGCAUAAGGAGACGACGUCAACAUCAGCGAAUCGAAGACGUUCCAAAGGUGAUGAAGAAUUGUCGCACCAGCAUCAGCAGCAGCAGCAGCAACAGCAGCAACAAUUGUUGCAGCAGCAGCAGCAGCAACGUUCUCCUGUUAAGCGCCGUGUGGCUCCACCCAAUCUCUCUAGCUCUAGCUCUGGUGGUGAUAGUGAUAGUUCUAGUUCCGGAUCAAGUUCGGGCUCUGGCUCAAGUUCCAGCAGUGGCAGUGGCUCCGAUGAUUCCGAUAGCGAAUCUAGCGAUAAUGAUACCAAACAUUCACCAACUAAAGAGACUGCCUCAGCCUCAGCUACAACCGCCACCUCAUCAUCCUCCUCCAUAGUGCCAAAGCGUUCACCACGCAAAUCGCUAGACAAGCCACCAGCAUUAGGUGCAUCUUCUACUCCCAUACAACCACCAACAGCAGUUGCAACAGCAGCAGGAGCAGCUGGAAUGCCGCGAACACGUCAGAAUUCCACCACAACCCAUACAAGUAAAUCGCCAAAGAGAACAUCCCAUAAGGGUGAGAGUCAAAGACGUAAAUCCUCCAUGGAUGAGCAACAGCAAUCACAGGCUGCGACUGCGGUAACACCAAACAAACGUUCCUUACGCAAUUCCAAAUCACGACCACCAUCACCAGUGGCAGUGACAGCGAAUACAACGGCCACACCGACCAAAUCCUCGCCAGAGAAAUCAUCUAGCAAUCGUCGUAAAUCUCGUGCCGAUGAGUCACCCAAAAAGGCGGCAUCAGCAGCAGUUCCAGCUAAUCUGGAAAUGGAGAUUAGUCAAAGAAAGGCUGCAAGUGGAGGCAGAUCGAUAAGUGCAUUGGACAAAUUGUUGGAUCGCAAGCAACAGGAAUUCAAUGCCCGGCCAGUGACACCAGCGGCACCUGCUCCCAUUCUAGCGACAGCAGCACUGCUAGAAGAGGACAGGCCAAAGGAUAAAGAGAAUCGCAAGGAAUUCUUGUUGUUGGCCAAGGAGAGAGAACAAACACCGCCGCCGACGACGACGACGCCGGCGUCGGAAACAUCGACGACAACUCUACCUCUAUCUACAACUCGUUCAUCUCAUCGAACGAGAGAUGUGGAAUCUCCCUCUGAUCCACAGCCCGAUGUAGAUCAAGCCUCUUCCAUUGAGUCUGGUGAAGUGCCCAUGGAUAUUGAUGAAGAGUUAACCACUGCGCCCACUCAUACUCAACUCUCUGGGAAUGCCAGCAAGCUGGCUGACAUCAUUAUCGAUGAUGAGCGACCACCGGCCGCACCGUUACCCGCCUCACCCACACCGACACCGACAUCGAAUGAUGACGAUGAUCUAUCCGAUGGCAGUGCCGGUGACCGUGGACGUUGGCGGCCACGCAGACGUCGCCGCCGACGUAGUCAUCCACGUAGUCAUGACGAUGAUGAGGAGGAGGAGCAUACUCAUCACACGCAGCAUUUGCUCAAUGAAAUGGAAAUGGCCCGUGAGCUUGCCGAGCAGCGUAAAAAUGAUUUACUGGCAAGUAAUGCUAGUAAAUAUUCAGCAUCGACUUCAUCUCCAGCUGUACAAGUGAUACCGUCAGAGCCACCAGAGAUUAUUGAAUUGGAUUCAAAUUCGGCCAAUUCUGGAGGAGAUCAACAGCAGCAGCAACAGCAGCAUCAACUACAACAACAACAACAACAACAGCAGCAGCAGCAGCAGCAUUCGCAACUCGCGCAUCCACGUCAUCAUGGUCUAGGCGAGCAUCAUCCACAGCAAAUGCAAAGAAACACCUCAAUGCCAGCAUCUGUUGUGGUUUCCUCACCAAUGAAUCCUGUGGCAAAUACAACUCCAGCAGCCGCACAAUUGCCGCCAGCACCCCCGUGUGUUUUGGAACCCAUUGUGGAUACCAUAUUGGAAAUGGAAGAUAGCAAAUAUGCCAAUAAUUAUCCAUCGAAUCUAACCAGCGUACUGAAUCCACCAAAUCCUGGACAAUUGGUAUUACUUGGGUCACAGCUGGUGGAGGGUGUGAAACAAAUAUCCGAAGAGGAUAGCAUUCAAGCAACUCGUAAUCUGCUAGAGAAAUUGCGUAAAACGAAGCGUAAGGCACAGGAGGAACCACCGCCGGUUGAUCUAUUGCCACCGACGCCAGCGAUUCCUUCGGUCUUUCCAUUUCAUAAUGCUGCCGAUCCUGAGGAUAUUAUUCAUGCACAAAAGGAGCAACAGCAGCUGCAGCAACAACAACAGCAGCAACAGCAGCAGCAACAACAACAACAGAGUUGCCUCUUCGGUGGCAAUUCGUCACAUUCCGCACCCAAUUCGGUGGCCAGUUUGACCAUUAAAGAUUCACCAAUGACAGCAAAUAGUGGCAGCUAUGCAAACAGUUUAACCAAUACCCCCAAUGCCACGCCCAAUAAUCUAGGAGGCGGCGGCAGCAGUGGCCAAUAUCAAGUCAACUAUCAAACCAAUCAACCAUCACAAGGCGGAGGUGCUAGUGGUGGCUUAUCCAGUUGCUUUUUGGAUCAAAAGUCACCACAUCAACAACACAAAAACACGCCCCUCUCCUCGACCAACGGUGGAGGCGGUGCACCAGAUUUUGUGGAUUUGGCAGCGGCAGCAGUGAAAAAUAAUCUCGUUGCCUAUGCCAGUGGUGGCGGUGGUGGAGUCGGCGGUGCAGGCGGUGCCGGUGGUUCAGCUAGUGGUGGCCAGCCUGUAAAUAAUAGCAAAUUGAGUGACUACGAUGAGAAUACACGAAUGCAGUCACCAUUUGGCACCAUGCAGCGAUGGAAUGAGAAUGAUUUAAUAGCCGCCAGAAGAAGCAGCUCACCCAGUUCCGUAUCCGAAUCGAAUGAUCAGCCACCAGCUUCAGCUCCAGUACUGCCCACAGGAGCAGCAGCAGCAGCAGCAGCUGCAGCCCAAUUGGAGGCCGGUUGCAAAAGCUUUUUCAAUAGCUAUGCUGCCGCCGCCGCCGCCGCUGCGGCUGCUGCUGCGGCUGCAGCUGCUGCUGGGAGUGGUGCAUCAGGUGGUGCAACAGCCACACCACCAACAGGAGGUGCUGGCACAGUUGCUGGUCCACCUAGUGGUCCCCCAUCAACGGGUAAUGCUCAUCCAGCCUAUAAUCAUGCUCCACUAGUCAAUGGCAUCGAUUCGAUGGCAGCCAUGUAUAAUAAUACCGCUGCGGCUCCAACUACUGCCCAGACGACACCCACGCAUAACCAGAGGACACCGAAUAGUGGGCAAUACAAUGGUGGAAUCUAUUCAAGUAUGGCUGCCAUGAUGCCGCCAGCCGAAGCCACAACAAAUCUCUAUGGCAAUGGUGGCUAUAACUCGGGAACUGGUUAUGGCAGCAUAAUGCCAGUGCCAGCAACAGUCCCAGUCCCGAUACCACCGCCAGUCAAUGUGACCACAACACCGAAUCAUCAAUUUGUUGAUAAUCAAUUGCCGCCAUAUCCGAUUGUUGCUCCCACAACGACCAUGAUGCCGGCCCCAACGCCGCCUGUUCCGGUGCCAGUGCCCAUAGCCACUAAAGAUUCACCAGUGGGCAAGAGAGGCAACUCCGGAUCAUCGAAACAGAAGCAACAGCAACCGCAUAGGAGUCCACAAUUGCCAGGUAAAUCGCCACAGGGCAAAUCCCCAAGGCAAGCGGCAACCGCAACACCAGUUUCGGUAGUAGCUGCUGCCGUGCCGCCAGUUCCACCGCCACCUGCUGCAGCAGCAGCACCAGCAGUGGCAGCUGCCUCCAAAUACGAUCCAUUGACCCAUACAUUGCAAGGGAAACCACGCCAACGGGCUCCACGGGGCAGUGGAUCGGGUGCGGCAGGUGCAACAGGCAGCGGACGUGGACGAGGCCGAGGACGAGGUCGUGGACGUGGCGGAAGUGCGAAUAGUGGCAUGGCAUUGCCAUUACCAUCACCCAUGGCCGAUUAUGGUAGCAAUACGCAUAUUGUCAACAAUCUGGUGGGCACUCCAUAUGAGUUUGAGCUCGAUGAGCUCACUGGACCGGGAGUGGAGAAUCUGCAAUCAUUGAGAAAUCGUCGCCGUAGCUUUGAAUUGAGAACGCCGCGUGGACAGCAGCAGCAGCAACAACAACAACAACAGCCGCAGCAGCAGCAACAUCCGAAGCCGACGCAGCAAACGCCAUCAACUGCAGCCGGAGGAGGAGGAGGUGGAGGCGGAGGAAGUGGAACAACAACAACAACGACUCCGAAUCCUUUGCUUCAUCCUGUUUUACCUGGCCCCGUUGACAUGAGAACCUACAAUCUGGACUUUGAAGCACCGCAUAGCACUGCCUCACAAGAGGCAUAUCAAAAUAAUCUAUUGGGUGCCUUUGAUUCUGGUACCGCGGAUCAGACGCUGAGUGAAUUCGAUGAAGAGGAUGAACGACAAUUCCAAUCGGCCCUGAGGGCAACAGGAACCAGCACUACCUCACCGGCGGCAGCAUCGGCAGCAUCUAUGGCCGCCACACCAUCAUCAAGUGGUGCUGGUAGUAGCGGCGGCAUUGGUGGCGGAGUAGGCGGAGUAGGAGGCGGCGUAGUAUCCACGCCUUCAAUGGCCACAACGGCCACAGUUCCAUUGGUUAGUAGUCUGCAUUUGCAUUCCACCGAAGCGAAUCAAAUGGCGCCCAGUUUGGUCGAGGCUUCCCUUGUGGAGGCCUCCUUGGAGGCAACAUCCGAAGAGGUGUCCAUUGAUUCGGACACCACAAGCUUGACGGCAACCAAACUGAAGGUGAAAAUCAAAGAUCCAGCUGGACUGGUUACCACCAUAACGCACAACAGCAGCAGCGGCAGUAUCACCCAUCAUCAUCAUCAUCUACAGCAGGCCUCACUUAUUGGCCAGUCGACGAAUCUGAAUGCCCAGUCGACCAUGUCGACAUCGGUGGCCACCACAGUGGCCUCCUCGUCGUCUGUUGUCAGCGGCAAUUCGCGACGUAUGCGCAAAAAGGAACUCCUCAGCCUGUAUGUGGUGCAGAAGGAUAAUCUCAAUGAUGAUAGCUCUUGCGGCAUGCUUGGCGGCACUUCUGAUAGCCUUGGACAGACGAUCGACAAGUCGGGACAUCAGGAUAUCGAAGUGGAACAGGAGCGCACAAAGCGAUUCAAAAAGAAUCCAAGCAAUCGGGAAUUGCGUUCGCAAGACACCAGCGUUGAGGAUCAAUUGAUUGGCAUCAGUGAUAUAUUGAAUCCUUCGAUUGGUGGCGGCAACAAUGGUGGUGGCUCCAGUGGUGGCAACGGCGAUGGUCGUCGCCGCAGUGCAUGCAGUUCGGGCAGCAAUGGCGAUGGCAGCGGCGGCAAUGGCAAUGGCAAAACGGGAGCCGCUUCCAGUGCGGGCAAACGUCGCGGACGCAGCAAGACCCUGGAGCAGAGCAGUGAGGAUGACAAUGGUGGGCAUGGUCAAUCGGCACCGAAGUUGAAAAUCAAAAUUCGUAGCAUACCGGAACAUAUCAUUGGCAGUGGUCUCGGCAAUACCAUGGGCGGCACUAGUGAGAGUCAUAGCUAUAGAUACGAGAUGACCAGACGUGCUUGUCCGCCCAAGAAACGAUUGACCAGCAAUUAUGGUAGCACACCAACUCUCGAGGAGAUCAAACGCGAUUCGAUGAACUAUCGCAAGAAGGUUAUGCAAGAUUUCGACAAAGGUGAACUGGAUCAUGCGAAUAGUAAGCGGGAUUCGGGUGGAAUCGCCACCGAUAUGGAAAUAAUGAUGCCUCUGCCGCCGCCCACCAAAAAGGCCAAAUCCUCGAAACCGAAAAAGGAUAAGAAGGAAAAGAAACGCCAGAAGCACCAGCAGCAGCAGCAGCAGCAACAGCAAGUGAUAUUAAAUAGCAGCUGUAGCACCACCACAACCACCAUGACAACCACAUUAAUUGAGAAUACGGCAAGUGCAUCGCCGGGUGAUAAGCCCAAGUUGAUAUUACGCUUUGGCAAACGGCGAGCCGAAGCAACAACAACCACAACAACAACAACAACGAAUAUCAGUGGGAACAGCAACACCAACGUCGCCAGCAGCACCACCAGCAGCAGCAUGGAAUCAUCCAUAGAGGCAGCACCGUUGCGUUUGAAAAUUGCACGCGUCUCAUCGGGCGGUGGCUAUGUGAUUGGGGCAAAGAAGACCGAAGAAACACCCGCCUCAAUGGUGGUGUCCAUGUCACCGGCCAAUGAAUUGCCAUUAAUACCCGCCUCACCGCAGCUAAAUAGCUUUACGCCGCAUUCCCAGAAUGCGAAUGCAUCGCCGGCAUGUCGUAUGGGCAAGGAUACGGGAACACCAUCGCCGCCUUGUUUGGUUAUCGAUUCGAGUAAAAGUGCCGAUGUCCAUGAUUCGACAUCAUUGCCAGAGAGUGGACCGGGUGUCGGUGGAGUUGGUGGUGGUGGUGUUGGUGUUGGUGGAGUUGGCGGUGGUGGUGGUGGUGCUGCACCAUCGACGCCAAAUUCAUCGCUUGUGGUGCCGUUAAGUGUCAGUGUGGGUAACUAUGAGAAUAGUCAAAAUUCAUUGCCAUCGGCGAGUGGUUCAGGUUCGGCGUCCAGUAAUUCCUGUAACAGUAAUAAUAAUAAUAAUAAUGGCAGCGGCGGUGGAGCCAGCACCGGCUCGGGCGGGGGCAGUUUACUUCCAUUGAAAAAAGACUGUGAGGUUAGAUGAUAAUCUUAAACGAAAGAUCGAUUAGAACAAAAAGAAGAAGAAGGACAGAACGGAAACGACGAAAGAGAGAGCAAGCAACAGCAACAACAACAGAAACAGAAACACUUCCAAUUUUUAUUUCCAUACACUUGCUAUCCCACUCGCACGCGCAUUUUAUUCAAAUGCACUCUUGCUCUUUAAAUUCUCCAUCUCUUUCUUACACUCUAUUCGCUUUCUUCACUUUCACUUUAAGUCAUUUGUUUCCUAUAUAUAUAUAUACAUAUAUGUAUAUAUAUAGAAACUACUUCUCUUUAUUCUUCUCCUUCCCCUCACCUUCCUCACACCAACCACCAGCAAUUGAUUUUUUUUUUUUUUUUUUUAGAAAUUGUACAGUUAGUUUAUAAGAUUAUCCUCAUACCUUCCGCCCCCCACUCCCUUAUUUCUUCUAGUU